CAGCUUGGCUUCUGCGGGGCGCCGUACAGCGGCGCGUCUCCGUGACAACAGCUUGGGGGUCGCGGCCUCCUUUGUUGGCGGCCGCGCUGUGCCAGGCUUCACGCGCCACUGUGCUAGUGGGGCCGGGGCGCUGCAGGUGACUGCAGACCAGAGAGGAUGAGCAUGAGUCUCUGGAGAGCUCCUUCCUCGUGGCGGACAGAUGGAGGGGAGCUGCGCUCACCAGGUUCCCUACAGGGCUGCUGAUGACCCAGAGGAAGGUGCUGAUAGAGUGAGGGCCGAGCCUGCCUUCCCCUCCAGGGACGUGCACAGGGGGACCGCUGAGAGGGUCAACUUCUCUUCCUUGCCGGUGUUAGACUUGAGUCAAAGUGGCCUCCAGCACUUGGGAGAGGUCUUCAAAGUGCCCAACCUGAAACAAUUGCAUCUUCAGAGAAAUCUCCUCUGUGUGAUUCCCAAAGACUUCUUUCAGUUACUGCCGAACCUGACAUGGCUAGAUCUUCGGUUUAAUAAAAUUAAAGCUCUUCCUUCGGGGAUUGGAUCGCACAAGCAUUUGAAAACUUUGCUUUUAGAAAGAAAUCCUAUCGAAAUGUUACCUGUUGAGUUGGGGAAUGUAAGUACACUAAGAGCACUGAACUUAAGACACUGCCCUCUGGAAUUCCCUCCUCAGCAUAUUGUGCAGAAAGGACUGGUAGCUAUCCUGACCUUCCUGCGGGUCUGUGCAAUGGAGAAUGCCUCCCCUAGAGACUUGACUUCUAAAGAGAUCUCAACAGUUAAAAUGACAAAUACACACAAGCCUCCAAAUUUACCUGAAGAAUGUGCAUCUAAUGGAGAAACCCUCAGUUCCCGGGAGCCAAAGGAGACGCUGUUCAAAGAAAAGGCAGAUUUUUUCCCACCUGUUGAAAAGCUAGACUUGAGUGGACUCAGAAAGUCCAGUGACUCUCCAGAAGACUGGCCGAGUGAGGAGGAAAUACGGCGCUUCUGGAAGCUGAGGCAGGAGAUUGUGGAGAACGAGAAGGCCCAGGUCCUUGCAAACCGACUGUUACCAGUCGAGCUGCCGCCCAACCUCCAGGCCGCUCUGAAAACACAGAGGAAAGAACAACUAAAACCCACAUACACUUUAAGAAGGAAGACGCUCUCCUUCAGCAGCACCUUGCCUGACCUCUCUUCAUCCUAUGAAACAGCGAUUAGAGCAAAAAGAGCUGAAGAGAGGCGUGUGGCGGCCCUCAGAGAACUCAGGGAGAAGCAGACUCUGAUGGAACAACGGAGAAGAGAUAAACAGAUACUGCAGGAGUGGAGGGAGCAGGCCUGGAAGAUGAAGAAGAAAAAGGAAGAACUCAGUAGACUCCAGCCUCCGAGGAGGAAUCUGGUAGCAUCAGAAGCUCCCUUUGCCAUGGAUCGAAUCGAUAAUGAGAAAUUACCCAUGAAUCCACCAGGAAGAGCGAAACAAAGCAAAGAGAAGUCAUCACAAGCGAGGGCCCCCCUGGGCGGGGACCUGGAGGAGAAGAUCAAGCAGCACAUUCAGCAAAUUCACGAGAGAAGGAAGCUCUUUGGAGGGGCAGCACCGCUGGAGGAGCUGCAGGCAGCCAUGCGGGACCUGGAGGUGGCCAAAAAGCUCCAGGAUGAAGUAAUGAAAAGAAAACUGGUAUUGAACUUGAACAAAGAUGAUCAGUUCACAACUUUCACUGGAAACCUUUCACUUCACUCACCCACAUCACAGCCUCAGAAUAUAUUUUUUAACACAAAAUAUUAAGACUCUGAAACUGAUUCAGCCAGGCAACCCACAGUCAGCUCAGACGGGGCCAUGCCCCGCAGCCCGCGGCAGCCGGGCAAUUCUUCCCAGGACGGAGGGUGCUACCUGGGACGUGGGGGAGGGGUCCUUGCUGCCUGGUAUUCCUGCACCAGUCGGCCCCGCCCACCUCCUCCCGAGGCUGCAAGCGCCGGCGGGGCCCCUGAUGCCUGGCGCGCGCCUCUACUCUUCGGGCCUCCGUCCUUAAACGCCUGUAAAAUCGAGGCAGUGAGGCGCGCUCAGCCGUGUCUGCGCAGCGCGGCCGCGGGAGGGCGAGGCGGACGGCGGCUCCGACAGUCACGGCGGCGCCUGGGGCAGCGGCCACGGCGCUGGUCAGGGCCAGGCAAGGCGGGCGGCGUCCGGGUUGUCAGGACAACCCCGCCGCCCGGCUGCUGGGCCUGGUCGACCGCAGCAAGCCGGGCUGAAAGUGGCCGGGCCCGGCUUGGAGCCAAGGUCACGGCCACGGGUAGCCCAUGGGGCGGUUACGGUCCCGAGCCGGGUGGGACGCGCAAGCGCUUCAGGAAGUUGGGAGAUUUUACUCGGCUGAAGGCGCCGGGGAUCAGGGCGGGGAUCCACGCCCCACUGUCCCACCCCCGCGGCCAGCUGCUGCGCCUGGGGAGCCCCGCUCUGGGGUGCCGGUUCUUUCCAUGUGAACUGGCUGCAAGGCGCCGUGGCGGGGUCGCACGCAACCGGCUGUUUCCCCAGCGACCUCAAGCGGAGUCACCUUUCCCAACCCUGGUGCUGGCCACCCCCAGGCGCACAGGGAGGUCCCGAACCGGGCGCCGCCCUCCACGUCCCGCGUCUCCUCGGCCCAGCCUGACCGGCUUCCUGCGCGCGCCCGGGGACUUCCUCCCCGCAGUGCUAGGGAGCCGCCGGCGCCCUGAGCGGGGGCGCUGCGGAACCACGACACCCCGGGGCACCCAGGCGCUGGACCUGGGGCAGGGGCCCGGAGGGGAGACCCCGGGGGAGGGGAAGCCGUGGAGGGGGUCCCAGGACAAGGGAGGGGCAGAGGGGCCCUAA